UCAAUACAAACAUAGAGGUCAAUGAUUUAUUUGGGUUGAUCAUGUGGCCUGUUACUGUUUCUAUGUAGUUUCCCCGGCGUGUUGACUUGUCUGAAGUGCGCAGCGCGGAAACUCUAGAUCACCGGUUAGUUUGAGAAGUACCAUACACGAAACUCUCCGUAGCAUCUGCUGACUUAAAAUAAUAUAAAAAGAUGCAUAUAUUCAUGUUCCCAAUCACAUGGAUCGGAGUUCAGUCAUUGGGAAAACAUUGGAUUAGGGGAUAGGAAAAUAUUUACAGGAUUUCUCUUGCUUAUGGUGCAGUGCUGUUGUUGAUGAUUUUUGGUCAGAACUCAAGCUUGAUUGAGUAGACCUGUGAUCAGUGGCAUUCCAACCAUGACCAUUCUGUCAGUUCAAAGGCAUCUGGGGCUACAUUAUCUGAAGUGUUCUUCAUUGUUUCAAGGCAGCAGGAUUUGAUCUAAGGAAAGUUUUGCUGCUAUAUCUAACAAGUCGAUUGACAGUGUACAAGCUCCUAUUCUGACUCUAUAUAAUUCCUUUGUGCCACUCACACAGGAUCCACUUACUUUCCAUAUAUUAUGCCAUCACCCUCACCUCAUCACUUAACUCUUCCAAUUCAUCUUAUCUAUGAAUAGUUAGCUCCAUUGGACCACUUGUGCCCUGUUCACUCUACCUCCGCCCCCUCCUGUACUGCCUCUCAUCACUCCAUGUCACUGUCUGCUAGCAUAUUUGUUCCUUUUCUCCGAGACAUAUUGGGCCUCUGUCAUAGCUCUACCCUGUGGGUUAUGAAGACUUAUGUUAUUUCCCUGUCAUCUCAGUUAUAUUGCUUUGAAUAUUUGUGCCUAUCUCAGAAUACUGAGUACUCUUAUUGCUUACCCUGUUAUCACACAUCUCUCUCAUCUCUAUUAUGCACGCCUAACUCAUGCUUCUCAUUCUGCAAGAGGAAGACAAAUGAGCAGUGAUGUAAGGUCGUGAGGUCCUUUUAGUUAUGAUGAGGACAUGGCUAACUCUCUAGUGCUGGUAUUAUGAAAAACACAGCCAGUACAUUGGGAAGUGUGAGGUUGUGAGGACUUUUUAGCUUUGUCGGGGAUAUUACAGCUUUCUAGUGCUGGUGGAACAAAAAAAAAGCACCCAAUAUACCCAAUAAUAGUGAUAAUAGUAGUAGUAGUUUUGGAUGUAAGGAUAUACAGUGCCCCGAGGUCAAAUGUAGUUAAUUUUACUACAGUCUCUCUCUUUUAAAAUGUUAUCUAUUCUAAGAAGUGUGGCAUAAGCUUUGAUAAGGAUAGGGUUGGUGACAGGAAAUGCAUCCAAGCAUAGAAUCUGCCUCAAUAAGUCUCAUCCAACCUAUGUCAAUAUAGAGAAAGCAGAUGAUGACAAUAAUGGCAGUUGUAAUAAAGAAGAAGAAAGAAGAUAUCCAGACCAUCCCAAAUUUGCUGACAUGUUGCCGAAUGGGUGCUGCUCCCAUUUUGAGUUAUUUAGUUCUUCACAGUCACUUCUCUUGGGCACUUGGCCUUUUUGUCUGUGCCGGCAUUACAGAUUUGUUGGAUGGUUAUAUUGCUCGCAACUUUGCCAACCAAAAGUCCAUGCUAGGAACUGCAUUGGAUCCUUUGGCUGAUAAAAUACUGGUCAGCUUUUUGACAAUUUCUCUUGCUGCUGUUGAUCUCUUACCAAUUCCUCUUUUACUUGUGAUUGUUGGACGCGAUAUCGGUUUGAUUGGUGUCAGCUUCUAUAUCCGCUACAUCUCACUUCCACCACCGAAAACACUCAAGCGGUAUUUUGAUGUAACAUAUGCUACAGCACAGUUAAACCCAACACUGUUAAGCAAGGUCAACACUGGAAUCCAGUUAACUCUUUUAGCUGCCUGUCUAGCAGCACCUGUCAUGGGUUUUGUUGAUCACAUCUAUCUCCAGGCUCUCUGGUAUCUCACUGCAACGACAACAAUUCUUUCUGGCUUUGGAUAUAUUCUUGCCCGCAAGGAUGUUGUGAAAUUUCUAGAUGAGGAUUUAUCAUCAAUGAAUUCAAAGAAAUAAUUUCUUGUGUAGAUUAUAUAAUAUAUUAUAUAAUAUGCAGAUGUAUGUGUGUGUGUGUGUGUGUACAUUAUGCCAUUCUGUACUCUGGAGUUUAUCCAUUUGCAUAUGUUAGCAGCCAACACUAUUUGUAAUAGACAACAGACAGAUACAAAAACCUUGUCUCUGUAUACAAUAUAUUCAUGGACAGAAACACCUUAUAUAUAUAUAUAUAUAUAUAUAUAUAUAUAUAUAGAUAUAGAUAUAGAUAGAUAGAUAGAUGUGGUGUGAAUGAAAUUUUGAGAACGUAAAAGUAGAUAAAGAGAAGAGGAUAGAUGUGUAUGUUAAAAAUGGUCAAAAGGAAUAGGUGAGGAAAGAAGUAAGAAAGAAAGAGGAAGAGAAAAUGAAAAAAGGAGUGUUAGAUGGUGGUCAAGAUAUUAUAAGCGGGGUGGGAGAGGAGUAGAGGAGGGAUAGGAAGAGAUAAUGUAAGGAAGGAAUAUGUGUGAGGAGUAGGAGGUGGGGUGAUAUGUUUGAAAGGCACUAAGGUGGAGGGAUGGGUACAGAAAAUGGUAUAGGGAGAGUAAGCUUUCUAUGAAGAUGGGAAAAUCCAACAUUUUGGACAGUCCUUCUGAGUUAGAAAAACUGACUGCAACUGAUAAGGAAUGCAGGACUAUGGGAGCUUCAAAUGUGAACAGGAACUGCUAAGAGAGAGAAACAGGGUGAGAGAGUUAGAAGGAAAGAGGAAUGGAACGAAGAGGAAAAGUGGUUGAAGUCGAGAGUGAGGUGACUGGAAAAGAUGAGGUGAAAGGAGAGUUGGGAAAUAAGAAAGGGUUUAAUGAACUAAGAGGUGUAGGAGUAGCAAAACUAUUGGAUUUUCAUGGCAAGUUCACUCUACACUUUUUUACCUAUUUUACUAAAUCAUACUUGUCUUGCUGAUGCAGACCAACACAAGUCUCCUUGGAGUGUACUCAAAUUCAUA